AUGUAGAAUUUCAAAUUACCCCAUUCUAAAUUAUUCUGGUACAUCUAGGAAAUGUAUCAAUAAAAUUUAAUUGAUGAUCAUGAAAAACAAUAACUGAAAGGUACGAAGCCAAUAAAUUUAAAAAAAAAAAGUAAUUAUUGA